AUGGCAGAUUCAGAAGAUCGGAAACACGAAGAAGAGGAAGAGGAAGAGGAGCCUGAUGAGACCGACUAUCGCACACAAAAAGAUGCGGUUCUUUUCGUUAUUGAUGUCAGUCGGUCGAUGCUUACCCCUCCUCCCCCUUCCGAUUCUAAGAAAGCCGAUACGGAUAGUCCCACUCUGGCCGCUCUUAAAUGCGCAUAUAUGAUUAUGCAACAGCGUAUUAUCUCCAGUCCAAAGGAUAUGAUGGGUAUCAUGUUAUAUGGUACCGAGGAAACAAAGUUCAAGGAUCAAAGUGGGUUGGACACCUCAGUGUAUCCUCAUUGCUAUCUUUUCACGGACCUUGAUGUACCUUCUGCGCAAGACGUCAAAGCAUUGAAGGAGAUUGUCGAGGAUGAAGAAGAAGCGAAAAAAAUAUUGGUACCAACAGAGGAACCUUUGGAUAUGAACAAUCUCUUAUUCUGUGCCAAUCAAAUAUUCACCACAAGAGCCCCAAAUUUCGUGUCGAGAAGACUGUUUAUUGUUACCGACAAGGAUGACCCUCACUCUGGAGACAAGCCCCUGAGAUCCGUAGCAGCUGUUCGAGCUAAGGAUCUUUAUGACAUUGGUGUUGUUAUUGAGCUGUUUCCGAUAUCGACCCCUGAACAUGAGUUUGACCGCUCUAAGUUCUAUGAUGAUAUCAUCUAUCGUGAUCCGCUUGCGGAAGAUGCGCCAAAUUUUGGUCCAAAUAGUCUUCAAUCUAAAGGCGAUGGGCUGUCUUUACUAAAUAGUCUUAUCUUGGACGUCAACUCGAAACAAAUCCCCAAAAGAGCUCUUUUCUCUAAUUUACCCUUUGAGAUUGGGCCUAAUCUCAACAUAUCUGUCAAUGGGUACAAUAUUCUUCACAGACAAGCUCCGGCUAGAAGUACAUAUGUUUGGACGGAAGGUGAAGUUCUUCAAAUCCCAGUCGGCGAGACAACACAAAUGGCUGAAGAUUCAGCCCGUGUCAUUCAGAAGACAGAAAUCAAAAAAGCCUACAAAUUUGGCGGUGCCCAAGUCCUCUUCACUCCCGAUGAGCAAAAGGAACUCAAAAAUUUCGGCCCUUCAGGUCUUCGCAUCAUAGGUUUCAAACCUCAGUCUAUGCUACCCUAUUGGGCAUCUGUCCAUAAAUCAACUUUCAUUUAUCCAAGCGAGAAUGGUUAUGUUGGAUCAACUCGAGUUUUCUCUGCUCUCUGGGAGAAACUUCUUAAAGACAACAAAAUGGGUUUAGGAUGGUAUAUUGCUCGCAAAGAUGCUAAUCCUGCUAUCGUUGCUAUCUUACCCUCGGUGGAGAAAUUCGAUCCCGCAACAAACCAGCAAAUCUUCCCUGCAGGUCUCUGGCUCUAUCCUCUCCCAUUUGCAGAUGAUCUCCGUAGUGUGUCAGCACCGGGACCUAUCAUUGCACCAGAUAAAUUAAUCGACAACAUGCGAAUUAUUAUCCAACAGCUUCAAUUACCCAAAGCUCAAUAUGAUCCAAGGAACUACCCAAAUCCGAGUCUACAAUGGCAUUACAAAAUUCUUCAAGCCCUGGCGCUCGAGGAAGAUAUCCCUGACGUCCCGGAAGAUAAAACAAUACCAAAGUACAGACAAAUCCAUAAAAGAUGUGGUGAAUAUAUCGCCAACUGGGGAACCACUUUAGAGUCCGAAUACGGCAAAUGGCGCAAUGGAAACGAAAAUGUUUUGAAAAGAGAUCUUGAUGAGGAUGAAGUUGAGGUACCGAAAAAAAAGAAAGUGUUGGUUAAGAGUUCAGCGAAGAAAUUAGGGGAAAUGGAUAAGGAAGAGCUAAAAAAUCUGGUCGCAAACGGAGGAUUAGAGAAAUUUAAGGUAACUGAUUUAAAGGAGUGUUUAUUAGGAAAGGGAUUGAAUUCGGCGGGAAAGAAAGCGGAUUUGAUGGAGAGGAUUGAGGAGUGGGCGGAGGAAAACUGA